UUUAAAACUACUAAAAAUAAUAUAAUCGAGGGUGGAGGGCAAUUUGGAAAAUACAGGAUGAUCGAGGGUGGUUUUACCGAACAAGAAAAACAAAGGAAGAUGCUUGAGCUCCCCAGGGCAACCACUGUCCCCGGAUAAGAAUGGCGGCAAGGGAUCCUCUGCCAAUCCCCCCCUUUGGAUACGCGUACUCUCUCGCAUGACCCAGGUACGAUCCAAGGAUAGAGGUCUCCAUGUCGAUCUAAGUCUGCUUCUUAUGAUAAUUAAAGGGCUCUUCAGGAGGUAUGAGAGAUGGAAUCCUGUACACCCCACUAUUGGCACAUUUUGGGGAAUGGGCAUAGGUGUGGGAUGUGGCGUGGGAUGGGGUCCUGGUUUUAGUCCUGAGGUCAUUGGAUAUGUCGGAGCAGACUGUGGUGUAGGAUUCAGCGUGGGCAUUACUCUGGCUGGUAUCGGUGUUGGCCUUCCCCGCAAUGACCUUUUUCAAAUCCUAUACAAUGGUAUGUCUCUAUCCUUGUCUUCUGCUGCAUCUUCCACAUUUAUCGUCAUGAAGGGCGUCGCAGAGGAUAGUUUGAACUUUGUUGCACCUCAUAUAUCUUUUUUGAGGAAAGAAACUAGCUGGAGGCUCUCGAAGCUCAAGUCAAAUAUUCAUGUGCAGGGAACUGAGUUAAACAAACUUAACACUGUAGUAUCAAAGAAGAUUCAGUCUACUUUAGAGUGUUUAGAAGCCUUCAAACAGAAUGUCUGGCAGCCUCCAAAGGAUCAAUAAGCAGAUUGCAAGUGUUCAAUCUUUGGAUGUGUGAGCUUCUUCUUUGGUAUACAAGGCUAAUUUGUAUGAAAAUUUUAAGUGUAGAGGCA